AUGCAAGAAGGAGCUACAACUGAUUUGGUGAUGGCUGAUGCUUCUCCGAACACGAACGGCAGUCAGGUUGCCGAUUUUCCGGCAGUUCCCACACACGGGGGGCGCUAUCUCGAGCACAAAAUCUUCGGUAAUCUGUUUGAGAUCACUUCCAAGUAUCGCCCUCCUAUGAUGCCCAUCGGACGUGGUGCUUACGGAAUAGUUUGUUCUGUAUUGAAUUCGGAGACGAAUGAAAUGGUUGCUAUCAAGAAAAUAGCCAAUGCUUUCGAUAAUCACAUGGAUGCCAAACGGACACUCCGCGAGAUUAAGCUCCUCCGACAUUUAGAUCACGAAAAUGUCAUAGGUAUAAGAGAUGUAGUUCCACCACCUGUACGAAGUGCAUUUUGUGAUGUAUAUAUUGCCUCCGAACUCAUGGACACCGAUCUUCACCAAAUAAUUCGCUCCAAUCAAGAGUUAUCAGAAGAGCACUGCCAGUAUUUCUUGUAUCAGAUCCUUCGUGGGCUGAAGUAUAUACAUUCUGCAAAUGUUAUUCAUAGAGAUUUAAAACCCAGCAACCUCUUGCUUAAUGCAAACUGUGAUCUAAAAAUUUGUGAUUUUGGUCUUGCUCGGCCAACCUCGGAGAGUGAGUUUAUGACAGAAUAUGUUGUCACAAGAUGGUACAGGGCACCAGAAUUGUUGUUGAACUCUUCAGAUUAUACUGCUGCAAUUGAUGUGUGGUCCGUGGGUUGCAUCUUUAUGGAGCUGAUGAACCGGAAACCAUUAUUUCCAGGUAGAGAUCACGUGCAUCAGAUGCGUUUGCUGACAGAGCUUCUUGGCACACCAAAUGAAUCUGAGCUUGGUUUUGUUCGAAAUGAAGAUUCAAAGAGGUAUAUCCGGCAACUUGCCCAACAUCCUCGACAGCCAUUUACCCAGUUAUUCCCACAUGUUCAUCCUGAUGCCAUUGACCUUGUGGAGAGAAUGUUGACAUUUGACCCCACCAGAAGAAUUACAGUUGAAGAAGCACUUGCUCAUCCUUACCUUGCAAGAUUGCAUGAUAUUGCUGAUGAACCAUUUUGCUCAGAACCCUUCUCUUUUGAGUUUGAGAGACAGGCCUUAACGGAAGAGCAGAUGAAGGAGAUGAUAUACAGAGAGGCCGUAGCAUUUAAUCCAGAUUAUGGUAUUUGGUAAGCCUGUGGUCUUGUUAUUGUAGAUGAAUGCAUCAGUAUACACAAUAUCAGGACACAUGAUGCAUCAUGAAGGGACUACUGACUUUCAAUUUCACCUUCAACUUGUUAGAAUUAUGUCAAAGGCUGUUGCAUCAGAAGAUUGCAAAUGAUGCACUCCAAGGAGAAAUAUUUGUACAUUUGUGUUGUUUCUAGUUCUGUGACUACAGACUGUGAUGCCCAUCUAUGGGACUCUGCCUACAGAUUUAAUGAUUGUAGGGAAGUCUGUCACCUUUGUGUGUAAAACUGAUAACUCCUAUGUACUUGUUAGACCCCGGGUUUUCGUUUUGCCGAUAUUUAAUUACUGGAUAAGUUUGAUCAUCAGAUUGUCUGGUGCAUCUAUGCAAAUUAGUACAUUGUAAAUAUAUGUAGUCAGAAGGAUUUGUUUAAUUGUAUCUUGGAAUUAAAGAAAAUUUGCAGUGGGUAUCCUAAAUAAGAAAUAAGAAGCACUUCAUUUCUUUU